UCGAGCUUCGAGGUGGUCAGUAGCUGACUGUGGUUCAAGAUGGCACCUAUGUCGCAAGAGGAUAUUGAAUGGUUCAAAUCGACGUUUCAUCCGAUCCCUAAACCCCAGCUUCCGGAAGAUUGCAUCGAAUACUCUGUCUACCACUUCGCCGUUGACCCCGCCCCCACAGCCGUUGACGAAGCUGCUGAAACACGAUCGCGAUUAGUCGAAGUUCAGCGAACAGCAGCGCAGUUGAGCAAGGAGUUGCUGAAGGACUAUAUCUGGCAACGAGAAGGAUUUCGCCUGGAGAUCACCAAAGAAGAUGGGAUAACCUCGUUACGCGGACGGACCAUUUUUGGUGACUCGAUCGAGGAUGAAUGGGUUAUCGUUUAUAUUCUACGCGAGUUAACGAAGAGACACAAAGAUAUCUGGGUCAAAGUGGUAGAUGGAGACGGAGAAUUUCUGCUCAUUGAAGCGGCUGGGACACUGCCUGAGUGGCUAGAGCCGGAGGUAGCGGACAACAGAGUAUGGAUUCAUCAAGGAGACCUCGUCAUUAUCAAACCGAAGCAAGGUGGCAAGGGGUCUAAAAGGAAAGUAACCGAGAAACUGUCCCUUAAGGAUGCGAAAGCUAUCUUGACAGAGCAAUCAACUCGUCUUCUUCGCUCUACAAUGAUCCAGGAGGAAGCCUUCUAUCGGCUACGAAAUUAUCCGCAACAGAUCAGCGAAAACCUCCAUUCUGCUCUAGUGACACUCCCACGCAAGAUCGCUUUCCUACUGCAUCAGAAGCCGGCGUACAUAUCUGCUGCCGUGGAGGCAUUUUACCUCAGAGAUCCUAUUGCCUUACGGCCUCUCCGAGCCAAGGAUGUUUCCAAUCUAGCCUUCAAGCCAGAGGAUUUUGUCACCGUCAGCGUUCGGUUCACCAGGGUAGGGUAUGCACAACUCAAAAGCCAAGAGUUCCCGGUACCGCAGCCAUGGGUAGGCAAAUUGCCUCCGAGUGAAGACCGCAAGGUAUAUGAUCGUGCGGAAAUCGGAAUGAAGCUUUCAUGUGGCUUUGAGAUGCUUCUGGGCGACCCACAGAACCGAGAUAAAGCCUUAGUGCGAGAAAUGAAACUUUUGCUUGAAGACCUAGAGUCAGGCGACGAGACGCUUCCUACAGACGAUGAAAUUGAACAGACAUGGGACAAAAGCGAAGACGACGAAAAAUGGCUUGAUAUCAAUUUCGAGGACCUUGAUAGGGAACUCAAAGGGAAACGCGAUGGAUACGAAGGUACAUCUACACGUGGAUUUGGUGAUGCCAAUGCGCAGGAAAAUCUCCAGCGUAUCGUGGCUCGCUUUGAAGAAUUCCUCAAUGAUAAUUCGGCUGGCCUUGAGGGCGCCGAUUUUAUUGACGAUUUUGAUUCCGACUCCGAUGUCGAUGAGGAUGAUGACGACUAUGAAGACGAUGAUGUUGGCAGCGAAGGAGAAGACAAAGAAGCGUCAUUUGACGAGGAAGAAUUUUCCCGCAUGAUGAAGGAGAUGAUGGGAAUGCCUUCAAUGCCGGGUCUGGCUGGCGCUUCUCAGUCAUCGGCAAUGGGCCGAAGAGUUGAAGAACUCGACGACGACUCAGAAGAAGACGACUCGGAGCAGAUACAAGAGCUUUCGCGACAGAUGGAAGCCGAGCUCAGAGGAACCGGUGUCCUGAACUUGAAUCGUCCUGCCCAGAAUCUUCUUGGGAAUGAACCAAAUUCCAAGGGGCAAACGGGUGAAGAAAACCGGCCAGAGGAAGAUGAAGAUAUCGAUAUCAAUCUUGCAAAGAACCUCCUGGAAAGUCUUCAUAGUCAGGCAGGCUUAGCUGGGCCUGCAGGCAAUAUGCUUUCUAUGAUGAAUUUGCCUCUGCCGAAAGAUGAUCGACACAGCUGAGCACAGGUACCGAAAUGAUCGAUAUUUGACCGUUUCCUGGGCUUAUAUAGACAGCCAGAAACGCUGUGAGAGUAAUCAGUUGGCUGUUUAGUGGGAGUGGCCUUCAGAGUACAUUUCUUGAGGUCGGAAUGGACCACCGAGUCUAUUCAGCGAUUGCUAUAACUAAAUGUUGGCAUUGUUGACAACCAACACAAAACCUAAUCAGGAAAGCCACCAUGUCGCAUCAUGUUGCAGCUCCUGGCAACUAACACAUAUGGUGUCAGAAAGGCGUCAGUCGAACUAAAAUGAUAUACAAUCCUCAUACUCCCAAGGUAAAGAACAGGAGCGAGACUGCUAAAUAUAAUUACGUGGUAGAAAAGAGCAACAUAAGGUUUAGGAGACAGAAAUUGAAUCAUUCAUAAC